GUAUAAAUAGGACAAUUCAUCAGCUUUCAAAACACAUUGUUAUAAGGUGAUCAAGCAAAAUGAAACUCCUGUUCGUCUUAGCUAACGUUGCCUUUGUACUUUCCAACCCUCUAAAUUUAGAUACUUCCUCUGAUCGCUUCAUAACGGUAUAUAGCGACAAUGGCGUGACUGAGGUGAUCGAUACUCUUGCUCCUAUCCCCGAACCAUUUGCCUCUGCAUCCGACAUCACCCUUUACCUGUAUACUCAAAAAAAUCCUUCGUCUCCCGAAGAAUUGGCACUGGAUGUUAGCUCGCUUUCGUCCUCAUCUUAUUACGAUUCAUCAAAGCAGAAUAUUUUUGUAAUUCAUGGUUGGCGAAAUGACCAGGGUAGCGAUGUGAACGAGGCCGUUAGAUCUGCCUACCUUGAAGUUCUUGAUGCUAACGUCUUUGUAGUAGAUUGGAGUUCAGUGUCUUAUUCAAUGUACACAGUUGCUUUCUCUAAUGUUCCCUCAAUUGGAAGAAACCUAGGCCGAUUCAUUUCAUCAAUGCAAAGCAGCUAUGGACUCGAUGCAGACCAAUUCACACUCGUAGGUCACAGUCUUGGAGCCCAUGUCGCUGGAUGUGCAGGUUCAGCUGCAGAUAGCAACGUUGGUGUAAUAGUAGGAAUGGAUCCCGCAGGACCGAUGUACUUCAACAUCAUUUCCAACAACAGAUUGGACCCAUCCGAUGCCAAAUUCGUUCAUGUCAUUCACACGUGCGGUGGUAGAUUGGGUUAUCAGGAUAGUCUGGGAACCGCCGAUUACAGACCCAAUGGAGGUAGAUCCCAACCUGGUUGCGGUGCUGAUAUAGCAGGUACUUGUGCACACUCCAGGGCUUAUCAGUUCUUUGCCGAAUCAGUGAAGUCGGGAGGAUUCACUGCAACGAGCUGUAACAGCAGUAAUAAUUACAAUUCUGGAAAUUGUGCGUCGAAUGGACAAAGCAAACUUGGAGGACUGAAUAUUGACACAAGUGCCAGUGGUAAUUAUUACUUGAACACCAAUUCUCAGUCACCAUAUUCAGAAUCAUAAUUAUUGUAAUAAAUAAAGGGCCUUAAUAAAUAAUGUAAUAGAAAAUA